AUGGCUUCAAACGGGAGCAGUCCGGCCGAGGGGGAGAAGGUCAACACCCAUAUCGUCACCCUCACCCGGUUCCUCACAGAGGAGCAAGUAAAACACAAGGAAGCCACCGGCGACUUUACACUCCUCUGCCACGCGCUCCAAUUCUCGUUCAAGUCGAUCGCGUACUACAUCCGGCGGGCGACGCUGGUCAACCUGACGGGGCUGGCGGGGUCGUCCAACACGACGGGCGACGAGCAGAAGAAAUUGGACGUCAUCUCUAACGACCUGUUCAUCGAGGCGAUGCGGUCGAGCGGGCGGUGCGCGCUGCUGGUGUCGGAGGAGGAGGAGGACAUCAUCUUCUUCAAGGACAGCACGAACGCGCGCUACGCCGUGGCGUGCGACCCCAUCGACGGCAGCUCCAACCUGGAUGCGGGGGUGUCGGUCGGCACCAUCUUCGCCAUCCACAAGCUGGCCGAGGGCUCCACGGGCACCAAGGAGGACAUCCUCAAACCCGGGACGGAGCUGGUAGCCGCGGGCUUCACCAUGUACGGCGCGUCGGCGCAGCUGGUCAUCACGAUGCGCGGCGGCAGCGUCAACGGCUUCACGCUCGACAACGGCCUCGGCGAGUUCAUCCUCACCCACCCGGACAUGCGCCUGCCCCGCAGCCGCGCCAUCUACUCGGUCAACGAGGGCAACUCGCUCUACUGGGAGGACAACGUCAAGCAGUACUUUGAGUCGCUCAAGGAGGCCCCCGAGGGUGGCAAGCCCUACAGCGCCCGCUACAUCGGCAGCAUGGUGGCCGAUGCCUACCGGACCUUGUUGUAUGGUGGUGUCUUUGCGUACCCGGCUGACAAGAAGAGCCCCAAGGGCAAGCUGCGCAUUUUGUACGAGUGCGCGCCCAUGGCGAUGGUGUUUGAAAAUGCCGGCGGUCAAGCGGUCAACAGCAAGAUGCAGAGGAUGUUGGAGGUGGAACCUGAACACAUUCAUGACAGGUCGGGCAUUUUCAUGGGCAGCUAUGACGAGAUCGAGAAGGUCAAGCAGUUCCACAAGUGA